UGCAUUUAUAAACAUGCAAGGACAGGUUGGCGAUUCACUUUUAAAACUAGCUGUUGGGGCGAAAGCUGCCUCGGAAGAAAGAGAUAGCCGCUUAAAAGUCCAGCGCCAAAAUGAACAUAAGGUUUACAGCUUGCAUUGCGAUAUUUUUGGCAGUAGUGGUUCUAGUUUCCACGAGACCCCUGAAAAAGCGGCAGUGGAUUAAAAGACAGAGUGCAAAGACCAGAGGACAUGGAAGGAGAUUUAAUACCGCUGGCAGUAUACCAAAGCUUCCCCCAAAACACACACGACGUAUCAUUAAAGAACACGGAAAAGUUCCGUUCGUGAAAGUCGACGGGGAGGUGAAAUCUUCCUAUGGCAAAUUGAUCCUGACUGUAAAGCCAGAUGCUGCUGAAUCAUCGGUUGCCGAAGUACUUCGAAAUGAAAAGAUACGUCACGUAUACUCUGGAAACAAGAGAAAAGGACGAGGAGACGCCAUCAUUGUGGAAAACGCCCAACAGAGCAACUUGGAAAAGCUGCGGAGUCGCCCAGAUCUUUUCACAGAAAUAGAAGAAGACACCACUGUAUUUAGCAUGGCCUGUUACGCCCAUAUCGUAGACAUGUACACACGUUACACCUGGGGUCUCGACCGUAUCGAUACGCCUAGUAUAAACUGGGACAACCAUCUUAACAUUAAAGGAGACGGAAAUGGCGUCGACGUUUACCUGCUAGACACUGGCAUACGUAAAGACCAUGACGAGUUUACGAACACUGACGGAAGUAGCCGAGUGGAAGAUAUUUACUUUUCCGUAUUUGACGACGACGGCUCGGAUGGACAUGGGCAUGGCACCUACCUUGCUGGCGUCAUUGGGGGAAACACAUUUGGUAUAGCGAAAAAAGUUACAAUAAUAUCGGUUAAAGUUAUGCGUCCAGAUGGUAAAGGUGACACGAGUGACGUCCUGCGCGGCAUAGAGUGGGUGAAAAAUACCACAAGAUCACGUGGUCGAAAGUCAUUGGUGAACAUGUCGAUAGGGGGAGUUCUGUCUGAGAAAUUAAACGACGCUGUGCUUGAUUUAUUGGAUGAGGGCAUUUUACCUAUGGUGGCGGCAGGAAAUGAUUAUGGUGAAGAUGCAUGCGGCUAUUCUCCUGCUUCAGCUUCCGGUGUGAUGACUGUUGGUGCCUCAGACCCUUAUGACGACGUCGGUUACUUUUCCAAUACUGGCUCCUGUGUGUCAAUCUAUGCCCCCGGAAUGUGGGUGGAGAGCGCUUGGCCCACCUCGACCUCUGACACCAUGACCAUCAGUGGAACUUCCGUCGCUACUGCGCAUGUCACUGGUGCUGUUGCCGCAUAUCUGUCAACUCUGCCUGUUACUAAGAUGACAGCAGAAAUCGUCGCAGAAACCAGAUCAAAAUUUAUAGCAAAAGCAUCGCCUGUUCUCGGCACCAAGAACCUCCCAUUGUUACAGGUGGUCACAUGUUGA